AUGGAUCACAAGUCAGCCGAGGUUUUACAUGAUGCUUAUGAAAGCAGAACAAGGAAUGGAGCAACUGAAUCCGAUUGUUCCAAGAAUGAUAUGAAGGAUAUUCCAAGACCUGGUCCAAGUACUCCAGUAGAUAACAUGAAAGUUAACUCGGUCGAAUGGAAAGCGCCGGAACUUGUUUCUCCAAAUGCUACUAUAGAGAAUAUAUCUGGGGAAGUAAACAUGGAGGCUUCCAUAACACCAGAUGAUGUUGUACGGGCUGGAGGCUUUGGAGCUAGAGAUGAUAUAAGUAGCUUUCUUCCUGUUGCAAGUGAUUCAACUGACUUUGAAGCAACAAUCCUUGAUGCUAGAAACUAUGAAGAGCCACAGGGAGAAAUACACAGACCAGGUCUUGGCUGGACAGAAGCAACAGAAAGGAAGUCUUUUGUCAAUCCUUAA